UGUAGGGAGAUAUAGCUUCCAACUUUUCUCUACUUACCAAGUUCUUUAUCUUUUGAAGGACUUUGGCUUCUUUCUAUCUAUCUCAUUCAUAUGUAAAUAUCUCCCCCAAAACCAAAAUACAAAUAUAUUCUUAUCUCACCCCCUCACUCAACCCCAAUUCUUCUUCUUCUUCGUCCAUCUUUUUUCUUUGGAUCCUUUUUUUUUACCAACUUGCCCUAGAUUUUCUGUUGCAUCUCCCACUUUGCUCUUCCACGAGGUAAUGCUAAGAUCCCUUCUAUCCUUCUUUAUUAGCCUCCUUUUCCUUUUUUGAUUUCUUUUUCCUUCUCGGUUUUAUGACACCCUUGUGAAUCCCCUUAUAUAAAUUAUGAGGAGAGCUAAGAUGUCAGAUUGCAACAGAAGCCAAGACUAUUUCUCUGUUCAAGAGCAUGAGGCACCAACAGCUGCUGACAAGUAUGGAGGACUAGCACCAAAGAAGAAGCCUUUGAUUUCAAAGGAUCAUGAACGUGCCUACUUUGAUUCAGCGGAUUGGGCACUAUGCAAGCAAGGUGCUGGGGUGAGUCCAAAAUCAACAGCAGCAGUGGAGACCUUACAACCAAAACUACAGAGAACGCCACACCAGCAGCUUCCUCCAAGGAGACCUGCUUGUACUACAUCUGGUCAUGAUAGCCAUGGAGCAUAGAUUCAGAUGUUGAAGGGCUGAAAGUAGUUUGUUGUGUUGAGAGCAGUGAUGUUCAUGAUAAAGUUUUCUAUAUACAUUAGAAUUGGCUGGAUGCAUUCCAAAUAAGUGUGAAUUAGCUCUAAUAAUAAGAGUAAUCUUUUCUCCCCGACA